AUAUAUAAUUAACUGUCAUUGAGCAAACUGCCUCAAAGUCAACGUUCGUCAACCACUAUUAUUAUCAAAAAAUUUUUAACAACAUUCAAAAUGUCCAUUCAAAAGAUUUAUGCUCGUCAAAUUUUCGAUUCACGAGGAAAUCCAACUCUGGAAGUUGAUUUAACAACAGAUUUCGGUGUUUUCCGAGCUGCUGUUCCAAGUGGUGCUUCGACCGGUAUUCAUGAAGCAUUAGAACUUCGUGACAAAGAUAAAGCUCAUUAUCAUGGAAAAUCCGUGUUGAAGGCCAUUGCCAAUGUCAAUGAUGUAAUCGCACCGAAAUUAAUAAGCCAGGGUCUCGAUGUUACAAAACAAAAAGAAAUUGAUGACUUGUUGAUCCAAUUGGACAAUACACCCAACAAACAAAACCUUGGUGGUAAUGCUAUCCUUGGUGUGUCCUUGGCUGUGGCUAAAGCUGGCGCUGCCAAAAAGAAAGUUCCAUUGUAUCAGCAUAUUUCCGACUUGGCUGAUAUCAAAGAAUUUGUAUUACCUGUUCCAGCAUUCAAUGUUAUCAAUGGCGGUUCACAUGCUGGCAAUCGUUUAGCCAUGCAAGAAUUCAUGAUUUUGCCAACAGGUGCAUCAUCGUUUACUGAAGCCAUGAAAAUGGGCUCUGAAGUUUAUCAUCAUCUUAAGAAUGUUAUCAAACAACGUUAUGGCUUGGAUGCUACCUGUGUCGGCGAUGAAGGUGGUUUUGCACCAAACAUUCAAAGCAACAAAGAAGCUUUGGAUUUGAUUAUGACAUCCAUCCAAAUGGCUGGCUAUAGUGGUAAAAUUGAUAUUGGAAUGGAUGUUGCUGCUUCAGAAUUUUAUCGUGAAGGCAAAUAUGAUUUGGAUUUUAAGAAUGCUAAUUCAGAUAAAUCAGCAUGGUUGGAACCAUCUCAAUUGGCCGACGUUUAUCGAGGAUUCGUCAAAGACUAUCCAAUUGUUUCAAUUGAAGAUCCUUUCGAUCAAGAUGCUUGGGAUGAUUGGACUGCUUUCACCAGCAGUGUUAGUUGCCAGGUUGUUGGUGAUGAUUUAACUGUAACAAAUCCGAAACGUAUACAAACGGCCGCUGAAAAGAAAUGUUGUAAUUGUUUGCUCUUGAAGGUCAAUCAAAUUGGUACCGUCAGUGAAUCGAUUCAAGCUCAUUUAUUGGCCAGAUCAAAUGGCUGGGGAACAAUGGUUUCACAUCGUUCAGGAGAAACUGAAGAUACAUUCAUUGCUGAUUUGGUUGUCGGUUUAUCUACUGGCCAAAUAAAAACUGGUGCACCAUGUCGUUCAGAACGUUUGGCUAAAUAUAAUCAAAUUCUUAGGAUUGAAGAAGAAUUGGGUGCCAAAGCAAAAUAUGCUGGAAAAAAUUUCCGUCAUCCAAUUUAAAUUGAUUGAUUUUUUUCUGUCAUGAUUGUCAGCAAUCAGUUCCAAUGAUGAGUGAGUGUGAGUGUGUGU